AUGAGUCAUACCAUAACAAAAUCCAUGUCUAAGAAGGUAGACAAAAUCUACAACAUAUCCGUCGUUGGUUUAUCUGGCACGGAAAAAGAAAAAGGUUCUUUGGGAGUUGGCAAGUCGUGCUUGAUUAACAGAUUUGUUCGGCCACUGGCGGAUGAUUACUACACAGAUCACAUUUCUGUCUUGAGUGAGAGUGACUUUGCAGGUCGGGUAGUUAACAACGAUCACUUCUUGUACUGGGGCUCCACCAGGAAAGUCGAUGAUGGAGCUGAAUACGUUUUUAGGAUAGUCGAGCAAACUGAAUUUGUUGACGAUUCCUCUUUUCAGCCUUUCAAGAUAGGCAAAACGGAUCCUUAUUACAAAAGAUGUGCUGCUUGCAAGCUACAAUCUGCAGAAAAACUGGCAUACAUAUGCAAAAAUCAGUUAGGUCUCGAGCACGAGUUUGACGAACAUCUGAUGCCAGAUGGAAGAUUUAAUGUCGACGGUUUCAUUUGUGUCUUCGAUGUUAGCACGACAUCCAACCGACCGAUUGAAGUGCAGUUGGACCACAUGCACUGCAUACUCACACAACUCAUCAGAACUAAGAAGCCCAUCACCAUCGCCACCACCAAGAAUGAUCAAGCGUACAAACCGUUCGCUGCAGAAGUCGAGAAGUUGGUCCUGAAGAAAGACCUGAAGGAACGAGGCAUCAUUCCCAUAGUUGAGACAUCCGCGCAUGAAAAUGUCAACGUCGAGGCUGCCUUCAUGUCCCUUGUUCACCUCAUCGAGAAAACUCCAAAGAAUCGAAGCAAGGUGCCAUCGUACGCCGAUGCUCACAGGGUCGUCAUGGAGACGAAAGAGAUCACCGAGAAUGCUUUCAUGUCACUGAUUAAAAGCCACGUGGGAACUGAUUAUAAGGCCUUGUGGAUUCCCAUACACCAACAACUGCAAUCCAAUGCUGAUUUCCUUUCCUACAUUCAGUUGUUUGGAACUGACCAAGCGGGGAGGGUUUUCAGAAAAUAUCUGAUUACUGUUAAGGAAGAGUACAUAAAAAUGAAGCAGAAGAAAUAUUUAGAAAGGCUUGAAUGUGUGCUGAAGGAGGUCCUUCCCAAUUUUGAUGCCGUUGCUGACAAGAGUUGGUACUCCAUGCUGCUCUGGUUAAAGAAGCAUGACAAGUUCAUGUCUCAUUUUGUGGUCCUACCGGACAACAUGCAGUGGAUGGACAGUGCAUUGCUUGACAGGAAUGAUGGUCGCAUCCCGCUAGACUUACUUGAGACUCACCAAGCUGAACUCGUCUACAGGAAUUACGUGAACCACCUCAGAGUAGAGAAGAGGAAGAUUGAGUACAAAAGAGAGUUCCGUCAGAUGCUGGAGGAGAACAAGCACAUGCGUCCGGGCCAGUCACUGCAGGAGGUCAGCAUCUACUUCGUCGGCAGGGAAUGCUUCUCUUCACUUUCUGACAAGGACAAAUUGGAUAUCUUUGAUGACUACCAGAAAGUUUUGAAGGAUAGAGCCAAGUUGGACUUCCAGGAAUUGCUUCAUGAAAAUGCUGAGUUGUUUACAAGAUAUGAAAAUUGCCAGAUAAGUAACGAUGAUGUAAAGGAUAUCAACAAUAAACUGCAACAAGAAUAUCGGUAUAAACAUCUUUCCUAUCUGGAAGAAGAUAGAAGAUCUCUGAUAUUGAACCACCUUGGUUUCAUUCAGAGGGCAUCAAAAGAGAGGUGCAUGUUCAGAGAGUCAUGUUCAGAUCAUCAAAUUGAAACUAUACUCAACGACAAACUUUAUGAUUGCAUAGAAGUGAUGAUGAAUGGGGGAGGAGCAGACCACCUGAGCAACAACUGCAACCUCCACUUCGCUAUCGUCGGACAGUACGAACUUGCUCUAGAGUUCUAUCAAGAUAUCCACGCACUUCUGGAAAACGAUCAGUUGAGGAUUGAUGAUGAUUUGUUGACUAUUGAAUUUCACAUUAUUAACCAAAAUUUCAACUUUUGUUGCAAUAUCAAAAACAAUGUUGAUCAACUUGUACAGCUUGAUGUGCAACCGAAUUUCAAAUUUCAUGGUUUCUUUUUGGUGUGCUCUUCACCAUCUUCCUUGGACUCCUUCCGAAUCAGUCUACCUCACUUCAUUAAAAGGACAAAUGCCGCAACACUACCAGUGCCAGCGUCAUCGACAGCAACACCGCUAACAACAACAACGACGCAUAUCAAUUGUGCCGAACCAGCCGACACUGACACUCCUAUUGUACUUGUUCUCGGACACGAUCCACUGAUCACUGAGCAGGAGUUGAACCAUCUGAGAGACGGCGGAGUGACUCUCAGUAAAAGGAUUGAGACAAAUGGAGAAAUCGUGUUAGUGUGUGUGAUCGUGCGAAAAGGGCAACCCGGGAUUCUGCCUCGGAACGAACACUGGGCGCUUCUGCAGAUCAGGGUUGAGCGCCUCUAA